AUGGCUCCCUGGCUGCACGGGAACAGCCCUCUGGCCCCAUGGCCAGAUGUCCCUACCCGGGCGCCCAAUACUGCCAACGCGAGCGGGCUGCCCGGGGUGCCGUGGGCGGUGGCACGCGGGGCUCUGUUGGCGCUGGCGGUGCUGGCCACCAUGGGGGGCAACCUGCUGGUAAUCGUGGCCAUCGCCCGGACGCCGAAACUCCAGACCAUGACCGACAUGUUCGUGACUUCGCUGGCCACAGCCGACCUGGUGGUGGGGUUCCUGGUAGUGCGCCACUGGCCCCUGGGCGCCACCGGUUGCGAGGUGUGGACCUCGGUGGGCGUGCUGUGUGUGACCGCCAGCAUGGAAACCCUGUGCGCCUUGGCGGUGGACCGCUACCUGGCCGUGACCGACCCGCUGCGCUACGGCGCGCUGGUCACCAAACGCCGAACCCGGGCAGCAGUGGUCCCGGUGUGGGUCGUGUCCGCCUUGGUGUCGUUUGCGCCCAUCAUGAGCAAAUGGUGGCGCGUCGGGGCCGACGCCGAGGCGCAGCGUUGCCACUGCAAUCCGCGCUGCUGCGCCUUCGCCUCCAACAUGCCCUACGCGCCGCUCUCCUCCGUCUCCUUCUACUUUCCGCUCCUGGUGAUGCUCUUCGUCUACGCGCGACUUUUCGCGGUGGCUACGCGCCAGCUGCGCUUUCUGCUCCGGGAGCUGGGCCGCUUCCCGCCAGAGGAGUCUCCGCGGGCUCGGUCUUGCUCCCUGUGCCCCGCCCCGGCGGGGCCGUGCGCCUGGCCCGCAGGGGUGCCCUCCUACGGUCGGCGGCCGGCGCGCCUUCUGCCUCUGCGGGAACACCGCGCCCUGCUCACCUUGGGGCUCAUCAUGGGAAACUUCACUCUCUGCUGGUUGCCCUUCUUUGUAGUCAACGUGCUGCGCGCCCUCGGAGGCCCCUCUCUAGUGCCCGACCCCGCUUUCCUCGCCCUUAACUGUCUAGGCUAUGCCAACUCUGCCUUCAACCCGCUCAUCUACUGCCGCAGCCCUGACUUUCGCAGCGCCUUCCGCCGCCUGCUGGGCCGCUGCCGGCCCGAGGAGCACCCCGCCGCCGCCUCCCCGCCCCCGCGACCCUGACCAGCCCCGCAGAAUCCAGGCAGCGCCCACCGCUCGACUGAAGGGGAAUGACGGUGACUGGGACGGCUGGCUCUCAUCGACCUCUGGGGAGCCCUAGGCAGAGCUUUGCAGCGUCAGCGUUUAUGCAGAGCUUUUGCGCUCCAUCCAAGGCAUAAGCGGUGCGAGGCGCCCCCUGACGGCGGUUUAAGGUACAACAGGUGUGGACAGAGUUUGCAAGUUGCCCCGACUUGCAAAAACUUGAAGAGACCCUAGGAAUGGUUUAGCCCAAUCCUUUGAUAAAAUGGAUGAAGAAACUGACUUCUAGAGAGGUGAAUUGUGAGUAGCCAAGAUUAGUCAAUGAAAGGCAACACUGCACGGAAUUUGGAGCUGGAAAAAACAAAUAAAAAAGGAAGGAAGGGAAUGACCCAUCAAUAAAUAUGCCAACACUCUAAGAGGUGCUCUCCAAAUGUUAUGUUGUAGUGACAACAAAGAAAAAAUACAGCUGCAUAGAAAUCAAAGAGCUUGCUGUGCUGAUUCUAACCCAGUCUACCAGGCUCCCAAGUUCACGUUCUUUUCCCUGCACUCGCUGCUCACCAUCAGUCACACAGAGCAAGUGAUUUAACAUCUCUGUUUGCCUGUGAAUCAAACGCAGAUUAUAUUACUGCUCUACUCAGUUCCUGCACACUGGUUUUGCAGCUCAGAUGAGAGGCUGUAUGUGAAAAGAUUUGGAAACUGAAAGGGCUCCACCAGUGUAAGGGGUGUCAUAGAGUAUGGAGCUCGGACUAGUCCCAGGUCUCCUGGCUUUGGUCUUUGUUUGGUCCUGCUUCUGUUGACAGCCUGGAUCUUGGACCCACUUGCCUUUGGUCACUGUGGGCAUGUCCUGCCUGGUCUUUCUUCCACAGGUUCAUCCCUACCUCAGGCUGAUUCCACUGGUGUCACCUCCAUGUCACUGUACACCUCCCCCUCCAGCUCUCUUUUCACGAUCAGACCCUGAUCUGGCCUGUGCCUGACCUUUUGGUCAUGGUUUGGCUCACCCUACCAUUGGGGUGCAGCAUUUAUAAUGAGGUCAUUUUAAGGAUGGACAGAAGGUUUAAGAGAGAGGGCACUUUUAGAUGUCUGUGCUUUAUGGUACAUUUGUGAGAAUGUACCCUAAGGAACCGGAAGAGGGAGAUGGUAUAUUAGUUUGCUAAACCUUCCAUAACAAAUCACCACAAACAGAAAAUUAUUCAGUUCUAGAGGCUAGAAGUCCAAAAUCAAGGUGUUGGCAGGAUCAUGCUCCCUCCGAAGGCUCUGGGGGAAGAAUCCCCUUUUGCCUCUUGUAGCUUCUGGUGGCUGCCAGCAAGCCUGGGUGUCGCCUGACUCAUAGCUGCCUCACUGCAACUUCUGCCUCCGUCUUUGUCUGGCUUUCUCCCCCGUGUGUCUGUGUCCAAAUUUCCCUCCUCUUAUAAGGACACCAGCCAUUGGAUCAGGGCCCAGCAUAAUUCCGUAAGACUUCAUUUUAACUUGAUUAUACAUGCAAAGACCCUAUUUCCAAAUAAGGUCACAUUCUGGGGUACCAGAGUUUAAGAUUCAACAUCUCUUUUAGGGGGACGCAAUUCUACCCACAGCUGAGGGUGUGAUGGGGAAGCAGGAACACUUUUAACUCUCCACGCUCAUCUUAUUACUGCUGUCUCAAACCCACAUUUCCCAGGCUCUGUUUCAUCCUAUAAUCAGUCAGAAGGGUAGUGGGCAUGCUAUGCACUCCUGGAUUUCCAGUUACGAGCCUUUUCUCCCAUCUCCCUGGGCCCCAGAUUUGAGAGGCGAUUCGUCAAGUCAGACUUUGUGUUUGUUGUCUCCUGUGGGCAGAAUUUGCUGUCCAUUCUCCAUUCUUCCCUUCUUCCUUGAGUAACAGAACCCUUAAGUUUUAUUGGGGCACGUGGCCUCCCUAAAAACACAUUGCGGCCUCACCUGCAGCUAGGUGUGACUAAGUGACUUAAGUCCUAGCUGAUUGAAGUGUGCAGCUUCCACGUCUGAAAGGGAAAGGGUGUAUCCCCCAUGUCCGCUUGUCCACUUCCAGCCGGCUGGAAUGCAGAUGUGAUGGUAAGAACUGAAGCAGCCACAUUGGGUCAUGAGAUGGCAACCACGUGUUGCCAACGGCAGAAGAACCAGACAUGGGGAGCCUGGGUGUCCAACGGUGUGAAGUCAUCUUUUUAGCCCUGAACUGCUUAUGUUUAAAACUCUUAAAUGAAAGAGAAAUAAAUGUCUAUCCUGUUAAGCUACCGUUGUUUUCGCUUUUUUUUUUUUUUAAUAGCUGCUGAAUCAAACACAUUCAUCAGUGAAGGGAGGCAACAAAAGGAUAACAAUGAACGGACAUCUCCUACAUUCUGUAAUGAACGUGGCUUGGCUUACAAGGCUGCCUUGCUUUGGUUCCCCUAGGGCAUCUCUGGGAACUGGCAUUUCUGUAGAGUCUGAGUUCGCGUCGUACCUGUGGCCACCAAGCCCAUCUCCUGGACAUUAACUCACAUGGGGACAGUGAGCGUGCUCGUUUCCCAAGACCGCCGCAACAAGUGACCACAGCCUUGGAGUCUUAAAACAACAGAAAUUCAUUCUCUCACAGUUCUGGAGGCCAGGACUCUGAAAUCAAGGUGUUGACAGGGCUGGUUCCUUCCGGAGGCCCUGAAGGAGAGUCCAUUCCAGGCCCCGUUCCCAGCCUCUGAUGGCUGUGGCAAUUUUGGCUUUCAUGGACUUACAGACACAUAGCUUUGACGUCUACCUCUGUCUUCAC